CAGUGUACAUAGACAGCAGUCAAGGACCUAGUGAUUGAUGGUGCCUGGAGCGGCCUGAAAGCUGCAGCGUUACCUGCGGUCUUCUCUGCCUGUUUCGUGCACCAGCGCUAGGGGCUCUGCUGGCGAAAUUCAGGACGCAAGCGCCACUGGAGAGACGAUAAGACUUGCAUCAUCCAGAAGCACGGAAAAAGAAUGUCAUGAAUCUCUAUGCUUGAGGGACUACAUAUCGAAAUACUGGACAAACAUAAGGUGGAAAUCCCUCAUUGCUUCCACUGGUUCCCCAAAAUGUCUGUGACUGAGAACCACUACCCUAGAGUGAUCCUGGAUGUGCCCCAGCAGAGGUGUAGCCAGAAAAUUUGCCAUGGGGGGAUGGGUUCAACCAUACUUUAUGUGUGUUCAUGCGUGGGAAGGCGUUCCUCUCCAGCUUCUGCUACUGUCGCAGUAGCAGCAAAUGGAGUGUACGAAGUCAGUGCGAGGAAACUGUUCCAGAGCUCCUCGCGCGUUGUCUUCAUUCGUGCCUCUCUGGCUUACUUUUUUGGUUUCAUUCAAAUGGGAGCUCCGGGAAACCGAAAGCCUGCGGAUUUAGGCGACGUUCAUUCCUUCACUGGCUGUCUUGAGCGGAAACGGGGCGGACAAACGGAAGUCACCAAGACAAGAGAUACUCUGCAAUGAGAUGAAGUGAAAUAAACGCGUGCUUCA